AUGAUCUUGGCCGGCGCUAUGCUUGAGCGUGGUCGCCUUGGGCCCAGUAUGCUCUUCAUUCUUUGCUGGAACACCUUCGUUUACUAUGUCCUUGCAUACUGGGAAUGGAAUCCCAGCGGCUGGCUCUAUCAGCUUGGUCUUUACGACUUCGCCGGCUCUGGGCCGGUACACAUUGCCAGCGGCUUUGGAGCUCUUGCAUGGUCCAUGAUGCUGGGCCCCCGUAUCGACGACAGCAACACAACGAACAAGAGACACGUGCCGCACUUCAAAGCUCACAGCCCGCUGCUGAUGACCCUCGGCACCGUUCUCAUUUGGUUUGGGUGGUUUGCCUUCAACGGUGGUAGCACGGCCAAUCUUAGCCUGCGGUCUAUCUAUGUUGUUGUAAACACCAACUUCGCUGCCUGCGGCGGUGGUGUUGCCUGGGUUUUGUUGGACUACAUCUAUAUCAGAAAGUUCAGCUUAGUCGGCUUUUGCUCUGGUAUUAUCUCGGGCUUGGUUGGAAUAACCCCAGCAGCUGGCUUUGUGCUCGUCUAUGUAUCACCUCUGGUCGGCAUGCUUACCGCAGUCUGCUGUUUCUACACAGUUCGGUACUCGUACCUCCUCCGAGUAGACGAUGGCCUCGACAUCUUCGCGAUUCACGGCGUUGGCGGCUAUGUCGGUGACAUAUUGACCGGCAUCUUCGCCAACAAGAUGGUUCCUGCUCUGGACGGAGUCAGUGGAGACACAUACCUCGGUGGUUGGUGGAACGGCAACUUCAGACAACUGGGUUUACAGCUGGCUGGCGCAACGACUUGUGCCGCCUGGUCCUUCUUCGUCUCAUGCAUUUUGCUCUUCGCCAUCAACAAGAUCCCGGGUAUGCAUCUCCGUGCUACUGAAGAGGACGAGAUACGAGGUCUUGACUUCGCAUAUAUCGAGGAUGCUAUUUCAGACUACGAUGAUGGCAACAUGAUCAUUCAUAAUGGUCAAGCAGUCGAGACACCCAGACCUGCCAGUUACUCCAAGAGUUCUUAG